AAUAAUUUGGCACUUCAGUGCAUCUUAGUUAAAAUUUAAAUAUUCUGCCUAAAACUGGCAGUGUUGUGCCGUUGUCAGGUAAAAACUGCACUGUAUUUUAAUUUAAAUCUGCCACCGCUAUUGGCUAAGAAGUAUGCUAUGAUGUAAACUGGUACAUUAUGAUGUCACAAUGCUGUCGUGAGCCUGAGUGUGUGUGUAUUUGUUAGCGGCUCCGCCCUCUCGGUCUGCCAGGCAACAGCAUGUGUUGCAUUUUUCAAACAUGAAGCGGGAGUGGAGUUAGACUCUGGUAGGGGUUGACUUGCUCUUUAAAUCAUUAUUUCACAUGUAAAAUUAUGGUCGAUUUUAUUUAUUUAACAGAGUUUAACUUCCUUUUAAACACAUUUCCUCAUCAGUCAUUUUAUUUUGUGCUUCAAAUUUAACCUAAAAUAAAUUAGAGAAAGUCUUAGGUCCAAUUUAACCAUCAUUCAUUAAUCAUUACCUGUUAAAACAUCUGUUACUGUGGGAUUAAAUGUUUUCAAGCGGGGUUAGGGGGUGGCAACUUGUGCUCAAGCCUUGGAUGUUUUCUGAAAAGCCCUAAACCAGAAUUUUCCAUUUGAAAGUAAAAAAAAAAAAGAAGAAAAAGAAGCUUGGAAGUAACAUGCAGUACGACACACUGCACAUGUGAGAAGACUGAUAUAAACACAAAUGUUAUGAAGCAUGAAACAAAGAAAAACAAAAAUGGUUUCAACUCAUGGUUCAGAAUCAUAGUGGGUGUUUCUCAAUAACCUCGCCUUGAUAUCGUGGUCCUGCCCCGGUUGCCUAGGUGAUACAUCAGGAACCGCCAAGGCGUGUUUAGUGUUCAUGUUUUACCGAGGCGUGUGUUCUUCAUUUUUUAGCCGUUUAGCUAGCUGACCAAUGAUACACGAGCGGAGUCUUGUAGCCUGUACUUGGUCAACAAUUUCCUAGAAUGCAGCGUGGCAUUUUCAAAUGGAUGGCGGAUCAGAAGCCGGCAGCUACUUCAAGGGCAACUUUCCAGUUUAAAUGUAAGUCCAUUAAUUGUAGCCAUCAGGCUGUUGUCUGGAAUAUUUUUUAGAUCCAAAGCAGUUAACUAUGGUUGGUUAGUUGCUUAGUAGUUGCAGAUUUGGUGGCUAGCAGGUAGUGACUCAUUUACAUAUUUAAUUUAACCAAUAUAUACACAAUUUUAAAAGUAAAAGGCUUGUUAUACAUUUACAUAUUUUGAAACUAGUUUGUUUUGAAUAAUUUCAAAGCCUUUGAAAUAAAUGUAGGCAGUAUUUUAAUGUUUUAUAAUUAUCUACCUAUAACUCUUUCAGGCUUGUGUUAUUUGUGGAGAUAAAAUAUCAACGUUGCAAAGCAACACUGUGUUGGUGGUAGAGUCAUGUUUCUGUAAUCCAAUCAGAAGCAAGAUUUCUAAAUAUCAGGAAAUAAGACUCCAACGUUUGAAGCUUAUCUCUCAUGUGGAUCACUUCUACUACCUGAAACUGGUGCACCAGGGCUUUUUUCCCCACAGAGUACAAUUUACAAGGCAUUCAUUCCUACUAGAGACCACUACAAACGUAUCGAUUAAACGAGUGUUCCACACCUUUAAAGUGACAGUAACAUUAUGCUACAACAACACACAAUAUCCCCUUGUGGAUCAUUACAAUAUUUAGAAAUAUUAUCAUUUGUUUUCUGAUGUUCCUGGUGUUCCUUAAUAAUUCCUAACAUGGACGUAAUUUUUUUGGGGGGGACAAAGUCAAGUUUGGACCCCUGCACUUUUUACCAUCCAAAAACAAUAUUAUGCUAUAUAAAACUGACACUGGUUGAACUCUAGGACCAAGCAGAAAACAACCGUUUGUGUUGAAGCCUGUUUCCCAUUAGAGCAUACUGUAAAGAUUCCCCCCACCUCCCCGUCCCCCCACUUCUAAAGUGAAAAUUACGUCCAUGAUUCCUAAUAAUUAUACAAUGAUUAAUAAUGUUCUGAUCAAUUCCUGUUGGUUUAUUUUUCUGAGCAGAGUGACUGAAUAAACCUAUUAAAAAUAGGUUGCAUUUUGUAGAAAAUCAAAUUCUUUUUUUCAAUUAUUUCUACAGACAGUUGUCACAAUAAAAUAUGUAUAAUAUGUAAAGUAACACCCACUGCUAAAUAGAUACAAAUCUAAAGCCCACAAAGACAUUGUCCUACAUGGUUCAAUCAUGUCCCGCGUGAGAAACUCUUAUGUCUACCAAUUCGUGGCUCAAAGGUUUUCACAAACACUGAUAUAUGUGUUUACACGAUAUUGUGCUAUGGUUUUUUAACACAAAAGUUGUCCACCAAUUUUUUUGUACAUGCUAAAAAGAUUCAUCAUUCAUUUGGGCGACGCCCCAGAACACUUCACUGCUAAAUCUGCUCCUGCAAACCACCUAACUAAAGCUUGCCCUAUUUUCUUUUCCAAGGGCAGAAAGGUGUGUUAAGUAAAAUAAAUCUUACAUUUGUGGGCACAAUAUUAUUAACUCUGUAACAGGUGCAUCUUCUAAUUUGACAUCAAUUGUGAGUUUGAAAAGAUUAUGCCACGUUUCUACUUUUAGAUGCAAAAUACUAAAGGAAAAAUGUCUAUUUUUCUGUGACAGACUACACAAACCAGCUGUGUUUCUUUACCUUUAACCCUCUGGAGGCAGGCGUUGCAGAUUUGCAACAGUUAAAACCUACCUACCUGGUUACUCCACAUACGUAUUUCAUGAGCAUUUUUAAACUCAGAAGUACCCCUGAAGGAUUUAGUUGUUUGUCCUUUUAUCAAAACUUAUUUUGAGCCUGAGAGGGUUAAUAGAUUAAAACAGUUAUUUUUUGUAUCAAAUAAAAUAUGCUGUUCACUGCCCGUUCAGAUACUUCUGAAAGGGGUUGUUGGCUUUUUAUGUUAUAUAUAAUUGACUUUUAUAGUUUGGUAGUUUUACAGUUUUUGGGGUGUGUUCAUAAUCAGAGGUCUGGUGAGAUUUAAUAAAAAAUAAAUAGAUGGUUCCUGGAGUUUAGUUUGUGCUUUACACCUCUAGGGGGCAGCAACAGCUUAUGUCUGCAAGUCUUGAUCAUCUCAGAAAUCAUAAAAUGAGACAAGGGAUGCUUAAACUAAACGACUUUAUUUGUUUUCAUUUAACAAAAUUAUUAAACUACACAUGCAUUAUAAUUAAAAAAUCAUUAUUAAGUGGUUUAAUGUUAUUAGCUCACCCUUUUUGUGGCUUCGAUCAAAAGCCUCAAGGUGUUUGCUUUUUAAAAUCUCAUCCUUCCCAGAAAAACGAAGAAUUAGAGAAAAAUAUAAGUGAUACAAAUUGCUGCUUAAAUAAAAUUAUAUAUAAAUGUUAUUUGGGCCAAAAUUUUAUAUUUUCCCCUUUCAGUUUAAACUAACUGGUAUGGUUAACCAACCACCGGGAAAAGAAAAUGACUCGAGUGUGAAAUGCCAGGAGAUCGUUUUUAAAGAUCAAUACAUCCUAUUUUGUGGCUUUGGGAAAGCUAUAAAUACAUGCAGCAGUGUCCUUUGUUUAGUUAUUGUUUUUUCCUCCCUUGUCCUUUUACCAACUCUCUCCUAAGUCAUGUCUCCAGUCCCCUCCUAACAAAAAGAGACCAUAUUUGCAACAGAGUCCAUCAAUGUUGCUUCCUGUAACAACAGGUCUGACCUUUUGCCCUGCGUGUGUCCGUUCCAAAUGCCAGUCCAGCCAAGCAGAGAAUGCAAGACACUCAAAUGGUGAUGGCAUUUUGUGAAUUGCUUCCUCCCUCUGUGGUUUCGUUCAUACUUUGCUGUUUUUUUUUGUGUGUGUCGCUGUUUUUUUGUCUGAAUGAAAAACACUCCCCCAGCUGCUGCAUGUACACCCCCAUCUGCAGGAUGUUUAAAACCUCCAGGACUUGUGUGCAGCUUUAACGCUGUGACCAUGAGUCACAUGUGCUACUAUGUACCCUGUCCUCCAACUGGCAGAUUGGCACAAAUCUGCAGGCCUGAAGUGACUGGAGUCGGAGCUUUCUGCGAGCCACAGAGAGAUGGAGACUGAGCAAGAUGGAGUGGGUGCAAAAGACUGGAGAGAUGAAGAAAUGUAUGCUAUUGGGGUGGGGGUAAUCCAUAUGUCAGUCUAUGAGACGUCUCCAAGGCAACAGAAGCUGUGAAGGUGGGAAGCAGGUCGGCAGGCAGGAAGGAAAGAUGGAUGACAACAAAAAGAGAGAAUGUGGCAGAAAUGCUUCCUCUGAAAUGACAGGGUUCUCUUUUUACUCAUUUUCAGGUGUAUUGGGUCAUUAAACGUAUAAGUACACACACACACACGGACAGACAGACAGACACACACACACACACACGCUCAUGCGCACAAUGCAUCCAAUAAAACCUGGAAGUAUACCAGACCUCCUGCUGUGCUUUUGUUUCCGAGCACAUCCUUCUUUCUUCUCCUUCCUGUCCGUCCAGGAAGCCAGUCGAUCAUUGGCAGGGAUAAUGUUCGACACAUUCUGACUCUUAACCUUCAAGUGAUUAUUGUGUUCCAACACCUUCUUGCCUUCUGUGACUUUAAUCUCUCUGCUUGUGAGAACAAGAACACACUGUCAGAUCUGUGUUCGGCGCAGAAGGAAUGCACUUUUCCUGUCCACCGGGGUCCGUAGGAGCUGACGUGUUCCUCUUCGUUUUCAGGCUGACAGAGUUGUAGAGAGGCCGGCUCCUGUAAUGAGAGCAGAACAGACACAUUAACCUUUUCCUCUGACGAGUCUCCAAAGCUCAGCCAUCGAUCUCAUUAUUUUCUAAAAGGAAGCUGUUGACAGUGUGAGCCUACAGUUCUGCACUGAGUCAAGAGAGAGUCAUGCAAAAGACACAUUUUUGAUCUUAGUAAUUGUUUUAAACAUUACAAUCAACCUUUUUUAUCUUUAAAAUAAGGAAAACUUGAAAAACACAAAUCACAACAGAGGAGAGUAGAAUAAAACCAGCUCUCUCAUCCAAAAUAGAGCAGUGGCUCAACUCUGAGCCCCUCCCGGGUACCAGAGCUUCACAGCUUAUAGCAGCCUGAGUGAGAGAUGGGUGGGCGUGGCCAGCUCCAGCUUGUUUUCUGAAAGUGACAGAGUUCUGAAACAACUCAUUCUGGAAGGUACUGAAACUGUCAAGAGCAAAACUGCUGAAUUUGCUUCAUGUGAGAAUUAUUUAAUGCAAAUAACUUCAAGAACAAGUUUUGUAUCGACAAUAGACCUAUUAAAAGUCAUGAAAUAUCCCCUUUAAUACAUGUUUCAAUGUAUUCCUUUUUGUGUUUUUCUGUUCUCACAUGACAGCUUAUGUCUUUAUAAAAGGAUACUUUUAUUGCGUAACAUCUUUUAUGUAAAACCAAACGUAUCAGAAAUAAAAUAAUAAUGAUAAUUAACUUGCCUACUCAAGUAUUCACUGGGUUCUCAGAACUUGGUGAAGAAGUCAGGUAAAGAUGUAAAUGUGCCUCAGCGACCCACAGGUUAUCUCAGAGAGUAGUUUAUUGCUCAAAUAACUGAAAAUAACUCUUAAAAGCCUGUAACAUCAUGUCCAGAUCAGCUCAAGAGACACCUGUUGUUACCCCCCCCCCCAUGUGCGUCUGAUUGGGAGGGGUUAUGAAGGUCUGAGUUCAUUCAUUCACAAGUGGCAGCAUGAAAAGCUCCACAGAUGUUUAUUAUUAGGCUGAAAAAAGGAUGACAUUUAAAUUAGGGUUAAAUAUAGCAGCUAAUAAAGACCCAACACCCAUUUUUAUCAACAGCAUUGCACAUAUUUCAAGCCCAGUCACAGGAUAUUUUAGUUCAUUCUCAUGGAUGCAUCAGAAGCUGAAGUCUGUCUAUUUUUAAGAACCUUGUUAAAUGCAGUUCAGACACAGCCUCUGCUGAGCCACAGCUUUCAAGGCACUUAUAAGUUCAAAACCAGGCAAUCUGGACAAAUAAAGUACUUUUUUUGUCCAGCGGAUCAAUGAAGACACGGGGCCGUCCAAUUUUAGACAAAUGUAUUUGUUGCCAUAGCGAAGUUUCCAGGGAAACCAAUCAGCUGAUUUAAACCCAAAGAAAAACACAAAAGAGAGAAAAGAAGGAAAAAAACACAAAAGAGCAGGAAUACAAAGAGGGAAAGGCCAACAAAGACAGAUCUGAACGCUCCUGAAUCAGCCUGAUCCUGAAUCCCACUGUCCCGAGGGACCAUGUGGGUUCUGGAUAAGAUCCGUGGCUCGGUGGACACCAGUUUGCUGAGACAAGGAGAUGGUGGAGACAAGAAAGUUGUCACCCCAGCCUACAGCAAUGUGCUGACCCCAGACAAAAUUCCUGAUUUCUUUAUCCCACCGAAGUUGGUCAGCUGCCCCGUGGAGCCAGAGAUCUCAAACACAAAAACCAAAGACUGUUUACAGCCAUCCACUUCUGAGCAAACUCUGGGCAGCGGCAGGAAGAUCAGCAGCCCCAGAAGUCCUCGCCUGGUGGCUAAGCUGGCAGGAGACACUAAGAACUUGCUGAAAGCAGCGAACCGCCACAUCAUUCAGAUAGAGAGUGCUGAUGAUGUCGUGGCUGGAGACACCAACGCAGACCCACAGUCGCAAACAGCAAUGUCCCUCCCUUAUGUUCCCAAGACUCAGACUUCAUAUGGCUUUGCAACCCUAAAGGAGAGCCCCCACACUCGGCGUAAGGAGUCGCUGUUCCACUGCGAGCUCACCAGUCCCAUCACUUCUCCAAACACUCAGAGGAAGACCCCAGGAAAAAGCAGCGACACCGGAAACCAUCUGAACCCAGCUGACUACAACACCUCCCACAUGAACCCUUAUCGCUACUUCAGCGGUGGAGAAAGUGACACCUGCUCCUCCGCUGAGUCCUCUCCCUUCAGCUCUCCACUUCUUUCCCGCUCUGCAUCCCUGCUCAAGAUCUUCACCCACGAGACCCAGGCCAAAGUCGUCAAGGCUAAGCGGACGUUUGCUCGCCAUAGUUCCCUGUCCACCGACGAGUGCAGCUCAGCUGAGCCGAGCCCUAACAUACAGAGACGGCUUCACGUUCCCUCUCUGCAAGGCGGUGCGGGAUCAUCUGAUCCUGGCCUCCAAAGAGAGCACACCGUCAACCUGCACAAAGGUGGGACGGUGAGGAUCAGCGCCAACUACGACUCCAGCACGUCCCGCCUGCUCAUCCGUGUUCUGGCAGCGGAGAGUCUUUACGACAAGAGCUGCGACAUCAAGAGCAUCAACUGCUGUGUGUCCGUCUACCUGAAUCCCGGCAAGCUGCAGAAGCAGAGGAGCAACAUCAUCAAGAAUAGCCGAAACCCGGUUUUCAACGAGGACUUCUUCUUUGACUCCAUAAGCUCGAUUCAAGUGAAGAAUCUUUCCGUCAAGUUCAAAGUGGUGAACAAAGGUACCAGCCUCAAAAGGGACAUGCUGCUGGGGGAGAGGGAGGUGCCACUGACCAAACUGCUUUCAGGACUCUAAAACCAGGGAGCUGAAAGGAGGCGAACCCCAUGGAUUCGGAAUAAAACCUAAUGUUUACGCUGGUUUAUCCUCCAUCGUUGUUCAUUCCAAAAACCCAAACUUGUGAUUACAGCUUUAAUCUUGGAUUUGUGAGCAACAAAAUAACAGACCCUCCUGACCUAAUUUAUGGUGGUCAAUGUUUACCAUCAUCAAACUGAGCUGAGCCCUGCCGCAACACAUAAAAAGCUUUUCCUCUUGACCAUGCUUCUUGAGCUGAAAGGUUGGACGGCACCUGUGCAUCAGCCUGUGUCUAGCGUGCUCACCUUGGCAUUGUGUGUUUUUUAUUAUUGUAAUGUGGCAGAAAUCCGCAGCAGCACAGGAUUCUGCAUCAGCUCCACCAUCUGCCGGACGCAGAGAUGCUUUUGUGAAUGAGUGCGAGCUUUGAAGUGGCUCGACAUCCUGAUGUGCAAAUGAUCCUUUGAUCUACAGAGGAGAGCAAGGAACAGAAAGAGUGUCCACAUCUACAUGCACAUCAAAAAUCGAAUUACAAUAUGAUUAAGUAAGUGAGACAGAAGUCUACUGCUGACAUGAUCAUGAUUAAUCUUGCAGGUAUCAAAAGAUCAUACAGCUUAGAUGCUGCAAAACUAAUGUUUGGUUGCAAUUUUUAGCUUAAAGCAGAAAUCCUGAGUUUUCUUUAUUUCAGAAAUUAUGUAUUAUUUUUUAGGAAUCCGUAAAUGUGAUACUCUUACCCUGUAGUGUGGUAUAAUGUAGGACAUAUGUCAUUAGCCAAUGGCGCUAGACACCUUAUGAUUUCAAUCAAAGAGCAAGCCGAGCUUUGAAGGACUUACUUCAUAGUUGAUUCAAAGUUUGCAACAUUUCUCAUUGUUAGGUGUUUCUUUACAAAUAUCAACAUUAAGAGUGGAAAUUCAAUGCGUUAAUUUCGAUUAAUUCAUUAGAAACAAAUAACGUGUUAAAAAUUCCCACUCAGGCUCAAGUGUCCGCCACCAGUGGCUGAAAAAGUUCAGCAUCAAAAUGUAUGCCCUGUGUAUUAAUAAAUAUCAUCAAGCUGCACCUCGAGAAACCACAGAGCCUGGGCUACAAGGCCAUAUAAACCUUUUAUACCUGCUCCAAACACAAUUCAAACGCCAAUUAAAAGAAUCAAGACAAAUUGCUUUUCAUGAAGAAAAGAAAGAAAGCAAGAAAAAAAUCUACUUUUUUACUGUUAUAUUUUCUAGCUGGUAGAAAGCAGGCAGGCAGGCAGUAACUUUAUCCAUUUGGACUUUAUUACAGCAGGAGGGACAAGCAUACACACAACAUUAAUCUUGUAACGUCAGCAGGACUUCCCCGGAACUCUACACUACACCUCUAUAUAUGUUAGUAGUGCUCUGCUGCCACCUAGUGUUCAGUUCAGUACACAACAUUUUCAAUGUUUCAUGUCCAUUUACACUUCACGUCAAUAACACAUAUACUAAUAUUUAUGCAUCUCAAGAAAGCCCACAAUAGUUACAUUUAUGGUUACUAAAAUACUCAAAUAGACCUUGUGGCUACAGAAAUAUAUUCAUUAAAGUGUGGGUAUGCCACCUGAACCUCACUAACAUUAUUUUUAUUAUUAAACAUUGCUCGAGGACAAAUUGUCUUAAACGAUUAAAAUGUGAUUAAUCACGGUUAAUUAAUUACAAAACCUCUGAUUAAUUAGAUUUUUUUAAUCGAGUCCCACCUCUAAAAUAUAUAUGAAUAAAAAGCAUUAAGUGAUAAUUGUAAAACAAAGGGUUUUACCUCUGUUGACCAGCUAGAGGUAGGCGGCGUCUUUCAGCCGUAAUCACAGAAUUAGACAGAGGGGUUUAAGGUGAAACAUAUUUUUUGUGCCUCGAGAUGGUGCCCUCUGAGUAUGUUUAUGUUUAUGUUUAUGUUUAUGCAUUAAGCAGACACUUUUUGUCCAAAGAGACUUACAAGUGAUAAUGAAGAAGAAGAAAGAAGAAGAAAAUAUCAUUUCUAUAGUGCCUCUCAAGAUAAAAAUCAUGAGGCACUUCACAAAAACAAAAAAUGCAAAAAUAUGAAAAAUUAUUUAGAAAUUGGUUAAAAAUAUAUUUACAAUGGGCAAAAAAUAGACAAUUGUGAUUAAAAAAUGUAAAGAAAGAGAGAGAGCGAAUAGGAAAGAGGGAAACCAGUGGAUCCUGAGGAAGGUGAAAUAGGUGGGGAGAGCAGAAUAAAGAGAGAGUGGUGAAGAAGGUCAUACAAAACCAGCUUGAACAAGUGAGUCUUCAGCUGCUUUUUAAAGGAGACCACUGAGUCCACUGAUCUCAGGCUCAGGGGGAGAGAGUUCCAGAGUCUAGGGGCCACAGCAGCAAAUGAUCUGUCACCUUUGGUCUUUAGCCUGGUGCGCUGCACAACCAGUAGGCUUUGAUCACUGGACCUCAGGGACCUGCUGGGGGUGUAGGGACUGAGAAGAUCACCAAUGUAAGAUGGUGCUUGUCCAUGUAAGGCCCUAUAGACCAGAACCAGGAUCUUGAAAUGAACCCUGAAGUUGACUGGCAGCCAGUGAAGCUGGAGGAGAAGCGGGGUGAUGUGGGUGUGUUUGGAGGACUUGGUCAGAAGCCGAGCACAGGCAUUCUGAACCACCUGUAGAUGGUUCAGGGAGGUUCUGCUCAGACACGUGAUAAGAGAGUUACAGUAGUCUAAGCGUGAGGAGAUGAGGGUGUGGAUAACAGUCUCAAGUUCAAGCAGGUUGCCCUUGAGGCUAACAACAAACACUAAUCAGUCAAUCCUAAGUGGAGUGAGGCAGCAUAAUGAAUCAUAAAGAGCAAAAGCUCUGGAUUUCUGCUUUAAAGCAUAAAUUAAGUCAGUUAUUUAUACUUACAUAAUUUUCUUUGUAUCUCUGUAAGGUCAGAAAUCUAAUUAGGUCUAACAAAUAAAUAAAGACAAGAGUGGGAUAAUGCUGGUGACACAUCACAAAAUACACUCUAAAAAGGAAAUGUUGAAUUUAUGAAACCACGUUUGGUCAACUGGUUCCACUAAAUCUAGUUGUGUUAAUUUUAAAUCAGUACAAAAACUGUCACCCCUGUGUUGAAAAACACUUUUAAAAGUUUCAUUGCAAAUGAAUCGCUAUAAACUUAAAUAUUUCCUCUGGAAUGAUCAGAAAAUGGAAGAAAUAUCAACAAAGUAAUUCAAUACAAGUAAAGUAGUGGAACACAUUUUAUUUGCAGCACUCAGUCAUUUUGGUGAUCUUGAAGUACAUCUGCAGAAAUGUAAAAUGUGUUUUUGUUCUUGUGGAUUUGAACUUUUAAAGUUUCUCUUGUUACUGGAUAAGAUUUGACAUGAUGUCAGAGUUCGUGAAUGACAAAACGUAGUGAUGUUGGUGUGGACUCACAGUUACAGUGAUCCUUAGAGGGAAUAUGGACUUUUUGGAAAUUUCCUCAAAUGAAACCUUGUGUGGCAGAAAUAGUGAUCAUCUUACUUUUACAUUAAGUUUACCAUGAAAACUACCAAGGAGACGGAUGGAAGUAAUAAUGUCUAAAGAUAACGAGAGAACGGACGUAUAUACUUGAGUACACACAACAAGGUCAGUUUUGUCAGAAAUGGAACACUGUCAGACGAAGGAGCAUCUUAACUAAUUAGAAUGUGAUUGUGCAGGCGUGCUAUAUUACACAUCUGCCCCACUGUAGUCAAGAUUUGUCACUAAAUUGUAUUUUUCUACUUUUCUAAAAAGUUUCAAUAAAAAGAGAAAAGAAGUGCUGGUGCACAAAGAAAAACAACAAACAGCAAAACAAAAACACCCCUAAAAUUAGGACCCUUUAUCUGUAAAUUACAUUUAUUAUUGGAUUUAUGAGCUUUUUUAAUGUCCUGAGGAAACUGGCAUGCAACAGCCAACCUGGGUUGGACAAGCAGAAGAAAUAUUGAGAAACUUUUUUCAAAAAGAUGCACCAUUCCUCCAAACCUGAUGGCGAUAGCUCAUUUAAUUCUUACAUGGCAACCAUUCUAGAAUCAUCUGAAUAAUCUUUCAGUCACUAUCCUUUUACCUUUAGAAAUGACAGAAUUAGGACCGAAUAGGAACACAAAACAAAGCAAAACAACAAUACACCUUUUAAAUGUAACACGUCAGCACACGUAAUAAGAUCAUCUAUGUAUGCAACCAGGCUUUAGCCGUAGUGCCUCGGCAUCACAAGUAGACGCACCAUUAUGUGCAUGUUAGUUAUUAUUUUUUAAAUAUGAGGAUAUUAGAGCGAUGUUGUCACUGUGAGGGCCAGCUGCACAGCAUCAACUGGUGUCUGCAUGACAUGCUCAAAGUGUUUAUGAAACCCCAAAGCCUUACUCUGGGUGUGUGUGUGUCCUGGUCAGCAUGCUUUUAUCUAAAGGUAAAUUUUUGUGUACGACACAAAGCACUUUGUAAGCAGCUUUUGAACUGAUUGUUGACACGUGUUGGGUUUCUACUGUAUUUGUCUGUAAACUGUACAUGAUAGCUUCAGCAUUUUCCAGAGAAAUGCUAAUUAUGCACCAGCGAGUUGGAAGUGAAGAGGAGCAACACUUCAAUUUUAGAGUUGAUGAAUCCCGGUGGGACAAAGAGGAAAUGUCAAACAAGAUGACAGAAAAUACUAACAACAAAGAAAACAUUAGUGUGUGCUCGAACGUGAACGGCAGUUUUUCUAUUGUGUCUCAUUUUUGGCUGUUUUCUGCUGAGGGAGUAGAAGAAAUGUCUCUGGCUGUAAGUGCUCGGUAAACGCGAAAUGAGCUCCUGAGCUUCUGCUACGUCAUUCCUGUGCUCUAUAUAUUCAACAUACAGUAAUUGCUGUGAUGGCGUAAAAACGACGAAACACCUAAAUGCAUAUCUGUGUGUGUGUGUGUGUGUGUGUGUGUGUGUGCAACUACACUUAGGUUUGAUGCAUUUUUUAAGUCAAAGAUGAUCUCCUCUGCUGUUAUUACUAAAUCCUGUCUUAGAUUUCUACAAGCAUGGCUAAAUAAUUUCACUUGUGCUGAACCUGAGUGGACUCUUGUUGUGCUUUUGUGGAUUGAUCUUUGCUACAGUCACACAUACUCAUUAUAAUACAAUACUUCCCCUAACCUACGAGGGAGGUGUUAAAUGAGUGUGUCCUCAUUUUGUAGCUUUGUCAGGCUUUUAGUAGCACUGUGUAGGAAUUAGUCUUAAAGACACUGAAGAGAAGAGAGAAAGUGUCUGAGCAGAGUAUAAAAGUAUAACUGUAUAAAAGCUAUAAAUAAUGCAUGUCUUACCCGUUGUAGGUGGCCUACUGAUGAGCUCACACCUUGUUAUAACGCUGCCAAGACCAAAAACGAUUGCUGCAGUAUUAAAACAGCUGCAGUUUCCAACAUCUCAACAGCAUUUCUUGGGAAUAGUUUAUAUAAACACUUGCAAUGCUGUCCGUUUUGCAUGACAUGCUUAUUUAGUCAGAAAUGAAAAUAAAUUCCUGGUGGAAUUGACACAUGUACUUGGCAGCUGCUGAUUACAUUGAUGCAUGUACAUAGUUGUGUAAUUCAAAAUCUGAUGAAAGAUAAAAAAUGUCCGGAACCUCUGUGAAACUUUGUUAAAACGUUUAGAUGUUUAGACUAGCCAUUAGCUUAGAGUUAGCUCUAUUCUCUGAACAGAAGCCAUUCAGGAGGCUAUCUGCGGCAGGCAAGAUAGUGAUUAUUCACACAGAUACAAACUUCUAAUUGGAACAAAAUCCCCUUAACUAGACACAACUAACGUUAAAACACAUAUGCAACUUUAGAUAAGGUAAGGCAGCUUUAUUUGUAUAGCACGGGCAUUAAAAUAACGUGUCAGCGCAAUUAAAACACACCAACGUACACACCAAAGUGAUUUCACUUUCAGAAUCAGAAAAGAGACAAAGUUAAAGGUGAGCAGUUACUGUGCAGAAAAGAAAAUUAGUAGUGAAGCAUCGAUAUGAAAAUUUUGAGCCGAUACUUGGUCUGACUCCUCGGAGGUAGAGACUUUUGUGGAGCGAGUCAGUGCAUCACGGGUCUGCUAGCAUUUAAACAGCAGCUGAGAAUCCUUCUACUAAUUAAAACAAAGUAAAUAUGUGUUUAAUUUGGCCGUCUCUCCUGCAAAUUCAUGUUAGACGUGUUUUCUUAAUUUUGCUAACAAACCAACACUCAGCCCAACAUUAUGUAAAAGAGGGCAGACAGAUUUUACUGUGUGUGUGUGUUUUGCAUGAACAGUGACUUUGUUUUAAUCUAAAAUAAACUGUAUAAAUGCUGGUUUUCUUCUGUAUUAACAGGUCUGUUCGGACAGAAGAAAUGUGCCGAUCCCAUACUUGACUCUUAAUUCUUUUCUUUCCAAAAGAAAAUAAAAAACCAUGGAAGCUGGUUUCCAAGUGCAGCUGUUGUUCCUGUGUUUCUAACCUGAUUCUCUUUGAUACUGUGAUGAUGCUGUUCUCUAGUUACCGUGUUAAUGGGUGUGAAUUUCUUUUAAUAAAACUAAAUGGAGUCACUGUU